GACUCAGUUGAAACUUCAGGGACUAGAUCAUUAACAUGAUACGAUUGCAUGUUAAAGACGCAAGGCAAACCCUCAACAUUGCCAUCAUUUAUAAUCAGAUUUUACAUUUACAUCCAAGGAGAAGAGAAUCGUAUUUUCCAAAAAGUGUCUCAUCUAUUUUCCAAACAGAAUAGAUGGAUAAAAUUUGCAGAAAUUACAUUGGAAAGCUGUACCGAUAGUAGGAAAAAAGGUUGAGAAGUUCUGGAAAAUAAUUGUGCAACUUUACGUCAUACCUGGGGUCAAAUGUUGUCACCAUGCUUCCGGUAAGUUUAUGAGAAGUCCGUGGUUAAUCUAUGCCUUCAGUUCGGACUAUUUCGUGGUUAUAUACCUCGGAGUUGUCAAGGUCAGGUGAUUGGAUACUAUCGCAAGUCAUAGCAAUCGAGAUAACAAGGGCGGGGUGGAAAUUAAAGCACAAGGAUGGACCGGACACAAAGUUAUCCCCCUCCGAUAGAGUGCCGAAGUGUGACGUCAUGUUACCAUGGUAGCAUUUUUGCUGGAUCUAAACACUAUUUGGCGUCUUUCGUUACAUCUCAUCAUAAAAUGGGCCAAUGCUUCGUUCCCGACUGCAAUCAUCAGUCAGAAAGUCACAAUUGCAGCUUUUACCGUUUCCCCAAAGAUCCUGCUCAAAGAAGAAAAUGGAUUUCUCUAAUAAGACGAGCUGAUCGUGAACCUGGCAAAGGCGCUCGAGUUUGUAGUUGUCAUUUCCGAGGAAGUAAAGAAGAAGGCCCCGAGGUCUUUUCCUGGAAUAAAGACAAACUAUUUGAAUCUCGAAAUGCUCCAAAAAGGAAAAAGCAAAGAACUGAAGUCCCAGAGACAACGACUAUCGAGCAGAUCCUUUCAGAAUCUUCGACGAAGAGCAACCAGAACGAGCCUUGCGAGCUCAGUUGCGAGGAGAUGCAAAUGAAAUGCACUACUUUGCAGACUGAAAAUAUCCUGCUACAAGCAGAGCUAGGGACAUUAAAGACCCAAGUAUCCGAGUUGAAAGAAAAAGAAAGCUACUUAAAAAGAAACUACAGCUCUUUUAACAUGGAUUCAAAGGUAAUCAACAUGGAAACUGGCCUCCCAAACAAAGAAAUGUUCCACAUUGUUGUCGAAUAUGCCGAAAGAUACCGCAACGAUAUUGUUUACGUGUGUGGCUGGAAAGUAGACAAGAUAUCUUUUGAAGAUCAAAUAUUGAUAACAUUGAUGAAGAUUAGACAUAAUUAUCAUAACUUACAUUUAGCUGAACUUUUUAGUUGCAGUACUGCUACAAUAGCGAAUAUUGUGACAACAUUUAUCCAUGUUUUGCACCAAAUUCUAUAUGAAGAUCAAAUGGAGAUAGCUGUUCCAUCCAGACAAAAAAACAAAACUUCACUUCCAGGCUCAUUUAGCUUAUUUGGAGACUGUCGUAUGGUAAUAGAUUGCACCGAUAUCGAGGUUGCUACACCUAAGCUUAUGAGUGACCAAAAAUUGACAUAUUCAACGUACAGGGGUAUGAAUUCUUUUAAGACAAUUGUUGGUGUGGCACCCAACGCGGUUAUAACUUAUGUAAGUAAACUUUUCCCUGGCUCAGUAUCAGAUAAAGUAACGGUUCAAAAGUCAGGAAUAUUAAAGCAUUUUGUUGCUGGGGAUAUUAUACUUGCGGAUAAAGGGUUUUUGAUAAAUGAUAUUGUUCCUAAUGGUGUAUAUGUGAACAUUCCCCCAUUCUUGAACAAUGGAAAAUUUACAGAAAGUGAAGUUAAGUUAACAAAGAGCAUUGCAAAAUGUCGUAUACACGUAGAACGUGCUAAUGCUAGAUUGAAGAACUAUAAAAUUUUAAAUUUUGUGCCACCAUACUUGCGAUCCCUCUCUGGUAAGAUUAUACAGCUAUGUGGUGCUUUAGUUAAUUUACAAAACCCAUUAAUUAAGGAAACCAAUGACACUGUUGACUUUGAUUAGUCAUUUUAAUUGAA